AUGGCCUCCCGCGGCUCGAAAUUCGCCCUCGCCGGGACGUCCCUCUUUGCCGUGUCGACCAUCAUAUUCGUCCACUUCCAGCAGCAGGCCGAGAAAUCCGCAAUGCACCAAGGCGUCGUUCGCGACAUGGAGCAGCAGCGCAUCAAGCGCGAGAGGCAGCUCGACUUCGACCUGCAGAGGCAGCUGGAGGCCGAGUACAGGCAGGAGCAGACGGUCCGGAGCUCCAUCGAGGCAGCCCAACAGAAAGACGGCGUGAAGAGGUAG